AUGGAACAAAUCCGGGUCAAAAAUGGGUACGGGUUUCUGACGUCCACCCUAAGUGCAUCCGUCAUCGGGGACUUCGAUGCGAGCUCGGAGGAAAGAAAGGCAACCAACCGAGCUUGGAACCAAAAAUACGACACGGACGCCGUGUUCCAAAUGCGGCAACUGCAAGGAAACCACCCGGUGCGCAAGGUCUUGCACAUGCAAAAGUGCUAUCCCGAGACGGUCUUCCGCCUCAACAGACAGGGCCGUACGCACGAACCGGACGCCGACCGCCCAAUCAGCGGCAGAUGGCAUCGAAACCCAGCCCCCAACAACUACAACACUUCCGUCGCCACACAACAGCGUCACCGGCGGCCACAAUCUUCGCUCCAGGCAGACCGUAGCGCCGAUGGCGGGCACGAACUGUCCGGAAACACGACGCGAAGACGAGGGGGAUACGAAUACCACUUCUGCCGCGACAAGAUGGCGUACAAUCGGACCAGGGGAAGGGAAGCGGAGGUGGACGGCAUCCUCACCGGAACGUCGCCUCUCGACAAAAGGCUACCCUUGUUUCCGGCGAAGGCGACGCAUCAGCAGCUCCUGGGGCUUGUCCAUCGGCCGACCCACCCGGACAAGCCAGCCCCGGCGGUGCCGAGGGAAAGGAAAUGGCUCGGCGACAACGUCGGCUGGGAAGGAAAUCGAGGGAUGGCCACUCCGCCAGCCGGUCGCAAUGCCAAAGACGGGGAGGUUCAUCCGUGGCCGUCGUCACAGUAUCCUCUUGUUCUUCCGACCGGUUGA